UUAAGCGCGCAUGCAUUUUGCCCCCACUCCCUUCCUCUCUUGCUUUUUGAAUGGAAUCUUCAAAUACUGUGCGUGUACACACACCUUUUUUCAUUCAGUCUUUCUCCCCCACUCCUCAAAUACCUCCCUCCCAGGGGUAUAUAUUAAUCGAUCACUCAUCCUAGAAAACACACUCAACAUUUCCGGCUUCUUUUCUGGGCAACCAAACGAAGCUUAAGCACACUUGGGUGCUCGCCAGAGUUGACAGUUUCUCGGUAUUCUCAAGGUUUUAGCCCUGUGGUAGAUAGAAUCAGAAUCGGAUGGCUGAGUUUGCAGCGAAAUGGUGGUGGGGUUUGAGAUCGGUGUGGAUGGUUGUGUUGAAUUUUCUCGUGGCUUUGGUGUUUGUUUCGGCAGAAAGGGAUUUGAGACUGGGAGCUUCAACAUUCAAUGCAACCGAAUCCACUAAUUACCUUCUCAGAGCCGUAAAUUUCUUAUGGCAACCCUACCAGUCGGGUUAUCAACACGUUUGGCCGGAGAUGAAAUUUGGGUGGCAAAUUGUUGUGGGUACUAUAAUUGGAUUCUGUGGAGCAGCAUUUGGGAGUGUUGGUGGCGUUGGUGGUGGUGGCAUUUUUGUUCCUAUGCUUAACCUAAUUAUUGGGUUUGAUCCAAAGUCGGCAACAGCUAUGUCAAAAUGUAUGAUCAUGGGUGCAGCAGUCUCAACUGUUUACUACAACCUUAAGCUAAGGCAUCCCACACUUGAUAUGCCCAUCAUCGACUACGAUUUGGUACUGCUCAUCCAGCCAAUGCUCAUGCUGGGCAUUAGUAUAGGAGUGUCUUUCAAUGUUGUAUUUGCUGAUUGGAUGGUCACAGUUUUGCUUAUCAUUCUCUUUAUAGGCACAUCAACAAAGGCAUUCUUUAAGGGUGUUGAAACAUGGAAAAAGGAAACCAUUAUGAAACAGGAGGCUGCUAAGCGACUGGAGUCAAAUGGUUCUGGUAGUGCAGAAGUGGAAUACAAGCCUCUUCCUGGUGGCCCAAGCAAUGGCAUUCAUAAGGACACCAAAGAAACAGAGGUUACUAUUCUGGAGAAUGUUUGCUGGAAGGAACUUGGACUUCUCGUUUUUGUUUGGGUUGCAUUCCUUGCCUUUCAGAUUGCCAAGAGUCAUACAGCUACUUGUUCGACAGCAUACUGGGCAUGGAACUUGUUGCAGAUCCCUGUUUCUUGUGGGGUAUCUUUGUAUGAGGCAGUUAGCCUUUACAAGGGACACAAGGUAAUUGCAUCGGCGGGAGAUGAAGGGACAAAUUUUCGUGUCCAUCAACUGGUUAUCUAUUGCAUCUUGGGUGUACUGGCAGGGGUAGUUGGUGGCCUGCUUGGAAUAGGUGGAGGCUUUAUUAUGGGUCCACUAUUUUUGGAGCUGGGAGUUCCCCCUCAGGUCUCAAGUGCCAGUGCCACCUUUGGAAUGACCUUCUCUUCAUCUAUGUCCGUUGUGGAAUACUACCUUCUGAAACGUUUUCCUGUCCCUUAUGCUCUCUACUUCAUUGUCGUGGCUACUGUUGCAGCCUUUGUAGGGCAGCAUAUUGUGAGAAAGUUGAUCAUUUUAUUUGGAAGAGCAUCUCUAAUCAUCUUUAUUCUUGCCUUCACUAUAUUUGUUAGUGCAAUUUCACUUGGUGGGAUUGGCAUAUCAAACAUGAUUAUGAAGAUUCAACAGCACGAAUACAUGGGAUUUGAGAACCUCUGCAAGUAUGAUGCAUAGCGGGUUUCUUUUGUUUACCAUAUUUCCUUUUCCUUACCCUCCCAUCCACCCACCCAGAAGGCUAUGUAUUUGCCUUCCUCUUUGUAAACUGGUUCUGAAGAUGAGAGAUGACCCUUGCUUGUUUUAAUUCUUCAAAAUAUUUCAUUUUUGUUCAGUUA